AUGUCACAAAAACGCCUUAUUGGCUUAGCAAUGAUUUCAGCUGAAUAUAAAAUUGGGAGAUAUUUAUAUUAUAGUGAGCUUAUUCGGGACUUUACUUCAAAGAAGUAUUUGAUAGCAAUGGUUUUUGCCUACUUCAAACGAGCAAAACUUACCAUACGCCAGUUCACUCGUCUCAACUUCUUUCUAGCACUAUUUUUGGCCCACGAUAUGGAGGAAGAUGAAGAGGAGUUGAAACAUAAAUUUUUACCCUGGGUGUUGGGAAAUUCAUGGCGACAGAAGUUACCUCAGUUCCUAAAGAAACGUGAGAAGUUCUGGAGAAUUUUGGAGCACAGAUCAGUUGUUAGCAGGAAAUGCUGCUUGGAGCUUAUGUCUAUACAACCUGCUAAUAAAGUUUGGCAGAGGGAACGAGUAGAACGCCAUGCUGGAGCUAAUAGACAAUAUCCCGACAAGCAAAAACAAUAUCGAACUUACAACAUGCCGAAACAAAGAGAAGAAGUAAAGCAACAUCGGAUCUGUAAGAAAACUGUUUUAAAUAUAUAUUCUGCUAAAGAUCACAACUGCUCAUUGAACAGUUUGGAAGAUACUGAUGACUCAACAAACACCAACUUUCAUCUUUCUUUAUCAUCAUCAACUUCCGAGGCUAGUUCUUCCAGUCUCCAAUCAGAACCUAAAACUAUUACUUUAUCGG